AUGGGUUCUUUUCGUCGCCAACAGUCGGAUGAUAUAAGAGUAGUCGUUGGGAUUGACGAUAAUGCAUCAGACAACCUAUAUUUACCACCAAAUUUGGAUUAUAAAAAAGCUAUUAGUGAUUAUUUAAAUCAAAUGAAACGAGUCAUAGAAGUAACGCUUGAUAAGCGUUGGCCAGGCCUUAAAUUAUCACAAGUACUAUUUGUUUUAUGUGUGCCUGCGAAAUGGAGAUCGUAUUCUAAAGCUAUAAUGCGCGAUUGCGCAUACAAAGCUGGAUUAUUAAACGAAUCCAUCGCAUCGCGCCUAUUAUUUAUAACAGAAUCGGAGGCGGCAGCGAUUUAUUGCCUAUCAGUUAUUAAGGAACACAAAUUAACAGUAGGGGGUUGGUAUUUAAACUUGACGUGGUCAUUAUUUCCGGAUACAUUUCUCGUCGUUGAUUGCGGUGGUGGAAUAGUCGAUCUUACAAUGAGAACUCUACUACCGGGCAAUAAAUUAAAAAAAGAAACAGUAGAAACUGGAAACAUAUGUGGAAGUACAUAUGUAGAUCAAGGAUUCUUACAUUUUAUGGGCAGCACAGUAGGCUUUACCGCUUUACAAAGGCUACGGUCAUAUGCUUACGGUGAUUUGCAAAAACUUGUUCAUAGGUUUUUCAUUGAGAUUGUAAAGCUUCCGUUUACCGGAGAUCCUGACGAAUUUGAGACCAUUGAAUUGGAUCUCGAGAGAGAUUGCCCUUCAUUGAUUAAAUAUAUCACAGGGGCAGAAAGAAUUAACUUAGAAUAUAAUGAAUGGAUUAUCGAAUUAGAGUUCGAGACAGUGAAAAAAAUGUUCGAUCCAGUAAUCGGAAAAAUCAUUGAGUUAAUUAAUAAUCAAUUGUUAGACCUUACAAUAAAACCAGUAAAACGCAAAUGUAAGGCAAUGUUUUUGGUUGGAGGUUUUAGUGAAUCUCCAUAUUUAAGAAAACGAGUCCGAGAAAUGUUUCAAGAAAGUGUACCCAUUAUUGCGUUUCCUCGACAACCAGUGACAGCCGUCGUUAGAGGUGCUGUAAAAUACGGACUAGAUAUGGGCCAGGUUGAAAGUCUAGUCUUGAAUGAAAGUACGGAGUAG